CGCAUAAAUUUACGAGACGUGACCAAUACAACAAAAAGAGAUUAUUCGAAGCGUUUGCGUCUCUUGCGUAAAUAAACGUGCCAAAAGUCAAUAGUAUAUAAAUAGUAAAUUGUUUACGAAAUCAGCUGACGCGUUCUUCUUCCCCGAAUCUCCUGAGUGAUGCUCCGUUGAGUUUUGACAGUUAUGCUAUCAGUGAACUGUAAACUUGUUAUUUACUUCAUCACCGUGACGGGUCAUUCGAAUCCAGCUCCAAAAUUCUGUGGAUAUGUAUUUAAUAAUUUACCUUUAACAAUGAAACGGCCACAACAGUGACAAACCAAGGUUCUGAGUUCUUAAAAUCAAUAAUAGAUAAACUGUCAUUGUCAACAGCAGGAAUGAUCAAACAGGCUACGUGUGGAAUUAAUAUAUAUUGCCUACUACGUAUACCUAGUAUGCAUUGUGGCUAUCAUUAUUAGUGAGAGGAAAUUCUCAGAAAGCAACAGGGCACAUUAAAAGGAACACAUCUUAACCUAGGCAAGAGGCACUUCUGGGAGUGUGACACUGAAUCUUCAGUGUUGAAAAUGGCAGGAUAUGAAAGUGAAGAGAAUUUAAAACAGUUUGAUGCAUCACAGUCACCACCAAGUAAAAAUCAUAAUACGAUUGAUUAUAAUGUUCUGAUUUACAUACCAAAUGUAAUAGAUGGUUUUGAUGGAUAUGCAGCUCGUAAACUACAACAGUGUUCUAUUUUUGGAGCCUGGUUUGAUGUGGUUAUCGACAAUAUUAGUCGUGGGUUACUCUGGACGCACCUACAUCCCAUGUUGUACCUGAUUGCUGCUGUAGAGUGGACUGCUUUCGUAUGCAACCAUUCAUUUGGAUCAGAAUGGCGUGAUAAACUCACUCAGGGUCACCAGAUACGACCACCAAAACUUGUUGGAUUGGCAAUGGCCAACAAUUUUCGUAAUCCUUGGGGUAUUUGGACCAUUGCAGGACUUCAUGUACUACCAGUUUGGUUACUAGGUCUGCAGUAUGAUGUUUUCACAUCUCAUUUGUGGUUCAUUCCCUACUGUAUUAAGAUCGGAGGUCUUAUCAUCCUUGGUUUGGGACGCUUGCUCUGCCUUUUUGUAGAGUUGUGGAGUAUAUGGAUUCACAUCACACUGAUGCUCAUAAAUGUAUCAGGAAAAGCCUAAUAUUAUAGCUGUACUAAUAAUGCUAAAUAUUCUUUUGUGUUUAAUAUAUUAAUUUUUACUAUUUUAUGUAGCCAGAAAAGAGAGGCUUGAAUAAUGAUGCUUUAUGUUUCAUUUUGAUAUAUGUAACUUAGGUUUUUAACCUAAGUACAGUACUCAGUACUUAUAGUUCCUAAAAAAAAAUUCACAAAUCAGCUGAUGGACGUUAGAAAUGACUCCAAUGCCGAAAUGUAUGAAUUACUCGGUUGUGUAUUCUCCUCUCUUUGAAAUACUAUAUGAGGUGAAAAGUUUACAUGAAAUGCCUUCUUUUUACAAAUUCUAUAUUGUAUAUCACCAGUUAUGUUUGUUUAGGGUUUAUUGCUUUAAAGACAGCUGUGUGCUUCAUCAGAAACUCCCUUCAAGGUGUAACACAUCAUAAAUUUAUUGAAGUUUUGAUUUUGAAAAUCACAUUCGACCGAAAAACUUUGUUGCAUUGUUAAAGGUGAUGAAAAUUACAUUUUUAUCACAUGUUGUUUGACAGAUUGUUCUAUUAAUUUUGUAUAUAUUUUACAAUUGAAUUUUAUCUGCAGAUAUAUAGUAGUAAUAUUUCCUUGUAGAAUUUCAGUUUCAUUGUAGACCACUGCUUCAAUAUCAUUUUAUUUCUGGGUCAGUGUUUACAUUUUUUCCUGUGUUAUACACAGUUCUUGAAUGUACAUAUGUAACAGAUUUCAAAAUAAAGCAAUGUAAUACUCUGGACAAAAUAUUGGUAGAGUGGAACAAUAGUGUGUUAUACAGUGCUUAGUGUUAGUUAACAGCAGUUUUCAUUUGAUACACUAGCUGAAUGGCUGUAAUAUAUUUUAGUUGUUAUUUUAACUUAAUACAUUUUAGUUGUUAUUUUAACCUAUUCCAUAAACCAUGUGAUGUGUAUGUGAGUGAGAAAUUUAAGUGCAGGAGUACAUACUUGUAAUUACUAAUUAUUAUUAUUAUUAUUAUUAUUAUUAUUAUGAUUAUUAUUAUGUUAAAAAGGAUGGCUGUAUUCAAUGAAUUAAUUCUGUGUAGGUUUUUCUCUCGUUUUCUUACUAUUCGCUUUGCGGGCUCAGCGAUAUUAGAUAAUAACUGGCUGAAGGUCAUAGUGGAAAAAGGACAACGGGGAUGUAGGAAUAAUUUAUUCAGGAAUAAAAUAUUUAGCGGGGAAAUCCGUAAUUCAGGCAAGGGUCCGUCUCCUGGUGUGUGGUCAGGUACAGGCGGGGUCCGUUGUCUGGAAUGCUGGUAUUUACUGCUUCUUGUUUUGACCACCUCGCUGUCAUCUUCAGUAUAAGUUCAAGGAGGAACUGAAGAAACGAGUCUAUUGUGGCGGUAUUUAUAGUGGUCCUACACCGGGGGCUGAAUUCUUAUUGGCUGAGCUGGUUUCUGGCACAGCCUACUGUCACAUUGCAAUGGAUUUUCUCCUGUGUGAGCGCCAUAGUACAUCUGGGGAUGAACACUGGGAAUCCUUCCAUCCUGCAGACGUUCCCGAUUGGUUGGCUUGUUCUGGGGACCACUCACUGCUGUCCUCCAGGUGGCAUUAGGGAGGAAAAAGGCCGCCUGUGUAAUAUUCGUGAUAGGCUUUUCCUUCCCUAUGUGUAACGCUUCCAGGAGGCACAGGCAGUCUGCUCAAUGAUUUCAAUAUUUGGUACGAUGUCUCUCCUUUGAAUCCUCAAGUUGUGGCCAGUCCUGGCAUGGUUAUAGAUUUAGUACAUGAAACAUUAACAAAGUGACUCAUGUUCAAUGAGCGGUUACAAGUGGCACUACCAGCCAACACUACGGACUUAAUAUGGGUUAGGGCUGUGAAAAAAGUGGAGUCUAUUUGGGCAAAAGGGGAUUAAAAAAGAAAAAAAUCAAAGUCAAAUUAGAAUCACAUGGCUUUCUCUGGUACUACAUACUUCCUGUCCAAAGCAAACCAAACAUAGCUUCCAUGGUCUCUCUAAUCAUGGAUGCAAUAUAAGCAUUAAACGAUUGACCUCCCAAACUAGGACAUCUGUGUAUAUUCUUUUUACUGUCGAUUAUAACUGAUGUUAGUCAUUGCUCAGGAGAUCGUGAUAAUGUUGGAAAGUAUAUAACUUUAGUACAAUCAGUGGAAGCAAAAUUCUCUCCUCUGUAGAGCUAAACAGAAAUGCAAGCGGCUCAUCCCAAGUGCGAGCCACAAAAUAAAUAUCAAAUCAUUGACAGAGUAAGUAUUAAUCCUAUUAAGGGAAGGACUAUAAGAAAGAACUGUAUAAUCAGAUGGGUCCUUGAUAGUUUGGUUUGCAAGAAAGCACAUAAAGAACAGUAGUAGAGUAUUAAGUUCUUUAAUAUGGUAUUAUAACAGAGCAAUUUCCCUUUAGACACCAUAUUUGGUUAGAUACUAUUUCAAGUGUGGAAAUUCAGUUUAAUGACAACACUUCCUAUUUUGCAUUUAUACUAAUGCACUUGAUAGUAUGAUUAAUGAUAAUCUGGAAUAAGCAAGGAUUUCUUUCAGCAUUUAUAUUACGUAUAGUACAACGAACUUGUCCAGUUAAAUGGGAAAUUUCGUUAAUGAUAAGCUAAUAAGCCAUAAUAAAGUGUAUCUUCCUUCCAAGAUACGUAUAGUGGUUUUGAAAUUUUGUUAAUGUAUAAUUUCAUGUAUUUUAUUCAUAGUAAACCAAGAAAUGCAUUUGUUAUAUGCAGUAUCUAUAUUUUUACUAGGACACCAUGAAUACUAAUGUAAACAUAGUCUGUAUUACUGUAUUAUAAAAUUUCUUGGCAAGACUAGUGAACAGUAAGGUCAGUUUGAUUUAGCAAUUAGUUCUAGUCACACUUUAGUAUAUCUCAACAAUAAUAUGGCAUGACAAUCACGUUAUCAACGUGUUGGACAUCUCUAGGACCAUGCAUGUAUGUGUAAUGCAUUUAAGUGCAAUACCAAAUUUCUGUUACGUAAUUAGUAUGUAUAAAUAAAUGUGUGCACAUUAUAUUAUAAUAAUUUACGUUAUAAUUACUGAAGUGUUCACGUGAUGUCAAACUGAUAAAGAUCAGUAAUUGUAAGUGAAGAAUAGGGUGCUUUCUUUCCUAAUGAUGUAUUGGGUCAUAUGGCCUUGUCUGUUUUGAACUGCCGUCCCAUUUUCCAGUCACAGAAACCUUUAAUUAACACAAUGCACAGAUGAAGUAGCAAUACAUAUACUAUUUGAGGUAAUGUGAAUUAUGUCGAUGAAAUAAUUACUAGUACAACAUGCCUCAAGGUAAUUUUUUUUACAAUAUUUGUUUUGAUCAAUUUUGUGAUGAAUGAGUUGUGUAAUAAGGUCUUUAUUGCUUUUAGUUCUUUAAGCUCCUUUUUCGGUUUACUGGUAAAAUCCAAGGUUUACUUAAAUUACAAGAUAAAAUAAGCAAAAGACAAAAGUUUAAUUGGUGAAUGUUUGUUUGAACCGUUUGUCGAUAUUUUUAUAAAAACGUGCAUUUUUUAAAAUGUUCCAGGAAUAUCUUUCUUCUGAUAUAUAUACUGUAUACCACUUGGUAGCUUGUUUGUACAAGUACCUGAAGUACUAUGCAUGUGUCUUCAGCUGUAGUUUAUUUGCAUGUGUUCAUAGUACUACUGUAGUACGUUCUCAGGAUCAGAGGUCUUCUCUGCAGAUGCAGCUAAUAUGACUUACCUUGUAGUAAAAGUGCACACUAUAGGUUCCUUUUAUGUAUCGACUGUUAUAGAUAUUAUCAGCUGUAUAAGUGUAAAUCUGUGUUUAAUGUAUAUCUAGUGAUCUGUCUAACUUGUUCCUAUUUGAAAACACUUAGUCCAGAGAAACUUUAAACUGUAUCAUUUUUGGCUGUAAGAAUUUGGAUACCUGUACUCUGACAAUUUAUCCAGGCAAAGUCCACCCAAGUACAUACGAUAAUUGUUAGUUUUGCCUUAAAAUGUCAAAACAGUCUUCCUAUUCUUGUGGUAAUGAAAUUGAUAGAGAAGUUGAAUUUACAGCUAUUUUCAUUUUUUUUUUUUUGUGAUCAUUUUACAGUAGCAGGAAUUGUAAUACCUCUUGUCGGGUGUAAAUUAAAAAAUUUAUAUUCAAACUUUAAAAAAAUGUGCCCAUAAGAAAAAUAGAGUACAUACUAUUAAAUAUAUACUGCCAGGUUACAUAUGCCUUAGUGAGCCUCAGCAUUAAAAGUAGAGCAGUAGUACACAUUAUAAAUUAGUUUAAGAAUAUGUACUCUAAUAGGUGUAACGUUCUUUGAGUAAAUACUGUACUUUACACUUUCUGAAUAGAAAACUCUGAUCUAUCUAUGCCUCAUAUAUCAAUAUUCCAGAAAUCCUCUUCCAUGUAAAAUCUUUGAAAGACUCAAGGUUAUCUGUACAGAUGUUAAGGAACAAAAUUAGAUUCAAUGUCACAUGAAGAUUUUUUCCAUGGUUUAUAUAGUUAUAUACUGAUGUGUUUGUACUUAGAGAAGACCAAAUCUCACAGAUUUAAGGAAAAUCGAUUGUAACAAUGAACUUUCAUAUCCACUUGUGAUGUUAAUAAUUAGUUUCACUCAUACAUAGAACAAGUAAAGAAUAUAAAACUGAAA